CCUGGCUGAGCAAGCUUUACGCGAUGACGACGCAUUGGGAAGAGAGGCAGCUGCUUUCUCUUUUUCUCCUCAAUCGGGAUUGACAACUUUUCUUUUGCUCUUCCAUCUUCAACAAUUGCGCUUGAAUUAUUUUCGUGAUUUUUCUACGUGUCGUGUCGAGUCUCGCAGCACGCAGAGAAUCAUAAUAAUAAAAAAAACAGGGAAAUUGGCUUCCACUUCUAAGACAGCACCACCUUUUCCCAGGGCUCUCCCACAGCGAAACCACCCUACGGUACGUCCUUGUCUCUGCUAUAGCGCCUGGUCAUCACCCCAAACAACCAUCCAUUCUUUUGCUGGCGUCCCCUGGUCGCUAUAUCCCCGCUAGAACCAGGAAAACCUUUGCUGCCUUGAUUUUGCAUCACGGCUAGUUCCUACCCCAGUCUACAGUACAGCUGCGUCCUUGACAACCGAACGGUACAAGGCCAAAAAGAAAAUCCACGAAAAAGUCCGACAGGGGAGACUUCGCUAGGAUCUGUGUUUAUUUUAUUUUAUUUUAUUUUGUCACCGUCUUCUUCCGUGGCCUCUUCCCUGGAAAGCCUGCGCUAAAACUUCUUGUCUACAGUACACCGGCCUAGCGUCGCACCCCGGCAAGGAUUCACGGGCCGCCCCAUACAUAAUAACACUUGCGCGCUCCUUUCCCGCCAGACGCCUUCUUUUCUCUUCAUCCCUCUCUACUCUACCGUGAACCGAAUUCUCGUCAAUCUAUUCGCACAUUCACGAUGGCAAACAGCCCAAUGUUUGGUCUUGCCGGCCUGAUUUUCAUGGCCGGCUCGCUCGCCAUGCUCUUCUUCAUCGUCUUGGCCGGUGUCGCCGACUCCACGCCGCUCAACCAGACGUACUUCCUCCAAGUCAACACCCAAGGCAUCGCCGGUGCUAGUCGCACUGGAGGCGUCUCCCAAUGGACCUAUUUCUACAUCUGCGGCGAAGGCAACCACGACUGUAACCAGGCCAAGGCUGCUUAUCCCUUUGGCUACGCCUGGGAUGCCAACGCUAACGGCGUUCCCGAUGACAUCAUGGGCAACCACGGCGACAACACCACCUCUACCAAGUACUACUACCUAUGGCGCUUUGGCUGGGUCUUCAUCAUCCUCGCCCUCUUCUUCGGAGUCAUCACCUUCCUCACCAGCUUCCUCGCUUGUUGCGGACGUCUCGGCGCUGCCAUUGCCUACUACAACAGCUUGCUCGCCGUCCUCUGCCACACCGUUGCUGCCUCCCUCACCACUGCCGUCUUUGUCCUCGCUCAGAACGCCUUCAAGAACGACGGCCGCGACGCUCAGGUCGGCAAGUACGGCUUCGGUUUCCUCUGGGGCUCUUGGGCCGCUCUCAUCAUUGCUUGCGGUCUGUUCUCCCACGGCCGCCGCAGCGACAGCUCUGGUGGUCGCUUCUUCGGUCGCCGCGGUAACUUCGAGGGCCGCCGUGUCAAGGACGACUACUCCUAAAAGACACGCGCAUGGUCUCUCGCGGAAGCUGCUCCUGUUCCUGUUAACUCAGCGAACGGGGCGCCUGUCGAUGCUUUAAUACCUUAAUGACAAACUGCAACCACUCUCCGCCCUUCUGCAGCAACUAAUGCACGACACUAAUAAAAACAACAACAAAUAUAACGUACACGAUUUGUCAAGAAAAACAUGCACAAAAAAACCAACAAAAAAUUUACAUCAACUUGUUAUACAAAGUUUGAAACGUAUAUACCAGGUCUGUUUGGCUAGCUGCUACUCUUCUGCUCUUGAUGUCCUUUUAGUGAAGGAUGCCAGCCGAGGGCGAUGAUGUACAUUGCUGGCAGACCACGCUGACCAUGGGACCACGCUUGGAAAGAAAGAUUGCAACUAUUUUGUUUAAUCUUUGGUUUGGCGGGCACGGCCGCUAUCAUCUUUUUACUGCGCUGAGUCUCUUGGUUUCUGGGAAUUUGGGAGGUUGUAGUUACUUUCUUGGGGAGUUUGAGUUUAAUACCAUUUUAAUUUAUUGCUCCCAAAAAUGCUUAAUUGCACGUCUAUAUCCUCGUUUAUUCCGUGACGUGUCUGUAUGUAGCUGACCCCAAUGCCAUGAAUGCUGUUGCUCUACCAUAUAUAUCUAUGUACAAAAAUACCCUCGCAGCCGAUGGCAGGCCAUACCAAAAAAACCCAGUCCGCAUGAUAGCGAACAAAUGCAUCUCGCGUACUCAAAAAAAAAAAGAAAGAUGCCAACUUGAAACAAAGAAAACCGACGGGGAAUAAAACGCCGAGACCGUCUUCGAAUCUAUAUAUUACUCCGCCGUUGGGCUGUUCAACGGGCUUACCGUGUCCAAAGGAGCGGCGUGCAGAGCAGGCUUCUCAGCGCCUACGGGCGCCUUGCCGUCCUUCUUGGCCUGCAGGACGCCCUUGACCCAAUCGGCUACUUCCUGAUCAACGACGUCGUCGUCGAGCGAUAGAUGGGCGACGGCCGUAGCUGGGUCUUCAUCCUCAGCUUCCUCAGCAAUGGUAUCGGGCUUCGAGAGCGAAGCAAGCCACGGGUGCUUGAGCAAGGCGGCGUAGGUUGGGCGCUGCUUAGGGAUUUUGCGGACGCAGGACUUGACAAAGUCCUUUGCUUCGUCGGAGAAGGAGUCAUCGGGGAGACCGGGAGGUUCGCCCUCGACAAUGGCCUGGGGAAUAUGUUAGUGGUAUGUCAGGUAUGGAGAAAGAUAAAUGGAAAGGACUUACGCUCAAUUGGCUGAAAAUAGUGGAAGAGACUUCGGGAGGAUACGGGUACUGGCCAGUUGCACAUUCGACAAUAGUGAGGCCAAGACUCCAGACAUCACUCUGUACGCUAUAUGUACCGUCAGAGCUUCCUGCUUGAGCCAUGCCACCACCAGAGAUACGCUCGGGGGCCAUGUAGCUCUGGCAGCCAAUAUUCGUCUUUGCUAUACUGGCGACGAGGUUGCCGCUGACACCGAAGUCGCAGAUCUUGGUUUGGCCACGCGUGUUGAUCAGGAUGUUGGUAGGCUUUACGUCGCGAUGGAUGAUGUUGUGGUCUUCCUUGAGGGUCUUGAGACCGAGGACUGUCGAGUGUGUAAUUUUCCGCAACACAGGUUCAGGGAUGCCUCCGGCAUAAAGUUUAUCGAUGGAGCCACCGUCCAUGUAUUCGAUGCAUAUAUACACCGCGCCUUCUUGGAAGAAUGCACCAUAGAAAUCGAUAAUGUACGGUGAGACGCACUCGUGCAGAAUAACGAGCUCCUUUAGGAUAGUAGUGAACUUGGCAUCGUCAAGUUCCAGUCGAAUUUCCUUCAUUGCCAUGACUUUGCCUGUCGUACCGUCCUCUUUGGUGCCUGUUGUGGUCUCGCCAUUGCCUUCUGACUGUGAAGCUUUGAAGCCUGACAGGCCGUGACCAAAGCGGGGUGCUUUAGGUUUGGCGUGCUUGACCUUGUAAACUGUGCCAUAGUUGCCUUUGCCCAAUUCGUCUAGGGUCUCGAUUUCGUCCAGCGAAAUGCUAAAUGUCUGACCGUUGGAGAAGUUGACUCCGGUUCUCGUGAUUGUCGCUGCGCCAUCAAAGGUAAUCCAGCCCUUUUCGGCGUCAAUGUACUGCUUGAAGUCGUCAAGUUUGGACCCUUGAGUGCCCGCAGGUGCUGGCGCGGAAUUAGAACCGCCAGCCAUAUCGGAGAGCUUGGGGGCUCCAGGGCGGCGCAGACCUGGCGAAGGACUGAUGGAAGGGCUUCCCAUGUCAGACAGCUUCAUGCCGCCGAACUUGUUAGCUCGUCGUUCGCUGAGUGAUGGCUUUCCCAGGUUAGGAGCCGAGUUGUGAUGGAUGCCAGGCCCAGGUCUCUGCAUGUUGGGCAGGCCGCGCAGGCCGGCGAAGCCCGGACUGCUGCCUCCGGAGGUGGCGGGCGAGGCGGGCGAGUUCACCGGCGGAGUCAUUCCCAUUUGCAUGCGCUCUUGCUGUAAUUGUCUGGCGCGGGCCAUUAUGUCGUUGUCCAGGGCUCCGCCACCUCUUGCAAAUGACGAGGCUGUGACGGGAGGCUUACGAGCCUUGCCAAGAAGGCCAAGGGGUGUCGAGCUGGGGUUCAUGUUUUGAGAGUCGGAGACGGAGCGAAGGGAUGGCAUUCUCUUGGGAGGAUCACUGGAAGCGCUGCCAUUUCCUAGGGGGUUGUUUUCGUCGGCGACGGGCGACGUCGGGGUCUCUGGGGGAGUCUCAUCCAUUGUUGCGGAGGAGAGCGGACGUGACCAAGUGUGUUGCUGUUCUAUGGGGGGUAUCAGGUCUUUACAGGACGCAAAUGAUCGAUCGCUUUAAAUGCUGAAAUCAGUGUUGUAAAAGGAGGGACAAGAGCAAGCCCGAGUCGGCGGAUGCUAUUAGGAACGCGAAAUGCAAAAGCCGGCGUUGUCGGAGAGCAUCUCAACUAGCGUGUGUUGGCGCGUCAGGGCGUUGGAGGGAGCCGUCUGAGAGAGUCGUUCCGUAAACAAGAGCGGGAAGAGAGAUAAGCACUGGUUAGGGCUCGGAUAUCGAUAUUUUGCCACGGAGAAGCCGGCGGCGGACAAAAGGAAGGCGAAAAAUAAGAGACGACAAGAGGCGACUGGGCACCAAUGUGGAGAGCACGGCGGGGUGGAGGUUGCAGUGCAGAGACUGGCGUUGCUUGCUGCUGGCGAUUGCGCAAAAAUAAAUAAAUAAACCGAUGAGAAGGUGUCGACUAAAAACUCGAAGCGGUCGGCGGCGGAUUCGCAGGAUUGUGUCGCUGGGCGUCCGAUGUCGUGAUGUUUCGGUGGUGUGCAGGAAGAAAGGAGGAGACACAG